AUGUCCUUCCCAUACAAACACAUCCUCGUCAUCGGCGCAACCUCGGGCAUCGGCCGCGCGAUGGCUGAACGCCUGGUUGAGAACGGCAUCAAGGUGACUGUCGUCGGCCGACGCAAGGAGCGCCUCGAUGAAUUCGUGUCCAAGUACGGCGAGGACAAGGCGUCCAGCAUGGUCUUCGAUAUCUCGGCCACAGACAAGAUCCCCGAGUUCGCAAAGGAGGUCACAACGAAGUAUCCCGAUCUCGACAGCGUCUACCUCAACGCCGGUGUGCAGCGCGCUCAUGAUCUGACCAAGGAGGGCGGAUGGGAUCUCCAGGAGUUCAACAACGAGUUCCACACCAACUUCACGAGCGCUGUCUCGCUCGUCCACGCUUUCCUGCCAUUCCUCAAGGCCAAAGCGGAGACUCAGCCGGCCAGUUUCAUCUUCACCGGAACGAAUCUGGCCAUUGUCCCCGCGGCCUCGAUGCCCGCUUACUCGGCGUCGAAGACAGCGCUGAAUGUGUUUGUUCUUUCCCUCCGUGAGCAGCUGAAGCAGUCGAGUAAGCUCAAGAUCAUUGAGGUCUCGCCCCCUGCUGUGCAGACCGAGCUCCACGACUACAUGGGUCCCCACGGCGCCAAGAUCGGCAUGCCACUGAACCAGUUCAUUGACGAGGCUUUCAGCGGCCUGCAGAAGGGUCUUGACCAGGUUAUUGUCGGCAGUGUCAUGGAUAAGGAGACAUUCUUCGAUAUUGUCGAGAAGCGCCGCAGCAUGUUUGAGAAGUUGGCCGCCGUGAUGCGCGGUAUGCACGCCGGCAAAUAA